GAAUAUGUUUAUACCUGCCCAGAUAGCUCAUACAUAUAAUGAAUAAGGUUCUCACUUAAUUAUAUUUUCCAAAACAUCCAAAUGUUGAAAUAUUUAUUUAUUUAUUAAGUGGUAAACUUAGAAGUACCUAACCCUCGGCCUUAGAUGAAACUCGGGAUCCUUUUGCCGGCGGCGAGCACUGCGCUUGCAUUGCUGGAGCUGGAGCAUACUGAGCAAAAGGUUCUGUCUGUUGGAAAAGAGGAGAAGGGCGAUAUGAGGAAACCCCCGUUUGAUUCCGAUUUCGAGGCUUUUGCAAAGGCGGUGCUCGACCGCUGGAAAGUCCCGGGGGUGUCGGUUGCCGUUGUCGAUGGGGAGGAUAUAUGGGCUGAGGGUUAUGGCAUCGCUAGUUUCCCCUCAACGCCCGCGACGCCAUCAACACUAUACUACACCGGCAGCACGACCAAAGCAUUCACAGCAGCUAUCCUAUCUCUCCUCAUCGCAUCAGGCGACUUCCCGUCCUCCGAGGAACCAUCCUCCUCCUCCCCUCUGAGCUGGCAGACGCCCAUCUCGCACAUAAUCCGGGACGACUUCGUCCUAGGGCCGGGGUACGAGUGGGCGACCGCGCACCUGACGCUCGAGGACGCGCUCUCGCACCGCACGGGGUUCCCGCGGCACGACAAGGCGCUCGCCAGAAAGUACGGGCCGGAUCGCAGCAGCCCGGCCACCGUGCGCGACGUCGUCCGCAGCCUGAGGUACUUGCCCGUGGUGGCGGAGCCGCGGGUCGUCUGGCGCUACUGCAAUCUCAUGUACAUGGUGGCCACGCAUGUGAUCCAGACUCUCACGGGGAAAGGGCUGGGUGAUGUGAUGCGUGAGCGGAUUUGGGGUCCGCUGGGUAUGGAGGCUACGUAUUUAAGUGUGGAAGAGGCGCUGGACGCGGGGAGGGAGGUGGCGCGUGGGUAUUAUUGGGAUUAUCAAGGGGAAGCGGAUGGACAUGGGAAGGGCCAGGGCUUUAUCUCGGUUCCGUACGGAAGCCUUGAUCUCGCGAGCGGCGCUGGUGGUAUCGUGAGCAAUGUGUUGGACUAUGCACGAUGGAUCCGGUGCUUGAUCCGCGGCGAUGGUAGCGACGACGACAACGAAAACGGCUGUCCGGUCUUGCCUAAGGAGGCACACCGCGAGCUUAAAUUAGCUCGUAUCGCGAUGCCGCCCGAGAUGGGGAUCAAUUUCGACGCCCCGCUGGCGUACGCGCUCGGUUGGGAACUUAGUACGUAUAAGGGCUGGCGGAUAUUCACGCAUAGCGGUGGCAUGGAGGCAUACGGCGCUGAGGUUUACUUCUUGCCGGAUCUAAAGUACGGAGUGGUUACGCUAGGGAACACGGCGGUGACGAGCAAUCUCGUGGGCACCGAGCUUGCGUGGAAGUUGAUUGACGAUAAAUUGGGAGUCCCGGAAGAAGAGCGGUUUGACUGGAUUAGCCGGGGAGAGGAAGCACUUAACACCCGACUCAAGCUUGCCGAGACAGCUGUUCAUGAAUUAUAUCCGGAACGCGCAGACCCGCCGCUACCUCAGGCGCUGCCACUCGAGAAGUACGUCGGAGUCUACUCCCACCCGGCGUAUCAGAACAUCACGCUACAACUAACUGAUGAGGACUCGACCAAAAAUACGAAAGGAGAACUUGGAGCUCUGCGGGAUGAUAUGGAGUGGCAGAUGACGUUCGACUUCCACCACGUAUCGGGCGAGUUCUGGGCGGUGGUCAUCGAUAUGCUUAACACGCCCAACUUGCUCAACGGGCAGCGGGCUCGGGCUCAGUUCGAACUCGGCGUUAAGGGGACGGUGGAUAAGUUGAAGAUGGAGUUCUUGGAGGAUGGGAGUGAGGGGGUUAUUGUAUUUGAUAGGGUUGUGUGAGAUAUCAUAGCUUGAGACGAUAUAGUAUAUUGAACUGGCAAAUGCAUUUGACAGUAAAAAUCGAGGUUUAAUUUAUUCAUCUACGUACUUGACUCUAUCUAUAGAACCAAGCGAUGUUGAGGGGAUCCAGGCAGUCCUCUGUGCUAUUUCUCAUGCACUAGAUAUCACCUACCAUGUCUGCUCGCUGGCGAUAUAAUUCAACAUGACACUAAAAACUGUAAAUCCACACAUACACCGGAUGAAUGUGAAGGCGACAACCUAGUAUAUACAAGUUAGCAACACUAGAACAGAGCUAGAAAUGGCAAACAAGUAUGUAAUGCAUAUAUGCUUAAUGAGUCAGACUGUUGAGCUUGAUGAAUUUUAAUCCACAUGGAUGUUCAGUUGGCUGUUCUUAGAAGAUUGGAUCAUCAUAAAGAAAGCAAUAGAAAAUGAAAUGCAAUAAAGCAAACUUACACUUGCUGCUAGCCUAAAGAACUGGUUCAGGACUGGCUGAGGACUCGCGUGGCCACCACGGAAGACAAUGGCGCGGCGUUGAAUGUUAUUUGGUGGAGAUGUUACUUCAAAGAGCAAAGUAUCAGGACACUCGAAAUACUAUGGCAAGAUACAGUAUCUCGUGAUUUCGGGAUGAUAUUUUUUGUAGCUUGCCGUACAAACAAAGCAAUACGAUACUUAUUAACUGCUUCCA